AUGGAGCGCUUUGUCCGUGUUCCCUAUGGCUUGUACCAGGGCUAUGGGAAUCCAAUGCCUUUGGGCCAUCCCGGACUCUCUGAACACAAACAGCCUGAUUGGAGGCCAAACACCGGUCCCCCCACUUUCCUGGCCAGGCCUGGGUUGCUGGUGCCUGCAAAUGCUUCCGACUGCUACAUGGACCCUUACAAGAGGGCGCAGCUUAAGGCUGUUCUCUCCCAGAUGAACCCCAGCCUAAGCCUGCGGCUUUACAAGGCCCACACCAGGGAGGUGGGCGUGCAGGUGAGCCCACGGGUGGACAAGUCAGUGCAGUGCUCACUGGGGCCUCGCACCUUGCGCAGCCGCUCCCCUUGGGGCAGCAGAGGCCACAAGACACCCCUGUCAGCCUGGGGAGUCUACUCACCAGUGAUAGGUCGCAGGGGCUUGAUUCAGCUGCAGAGGGAGGGGGAAGACCAGGAGAGGAAGGCACUUCUGGGUCCUGCUGAGGCCAGCCAGCAGCAGCAGCCACCACCAACGCCAAGGUCGGAAGAGGAUGAACAGGAGGAACUUCACCAGAACAAUGAGUUGGAGGAGAAAGAUGCCUCAAGUCCUCAGGAAAGGAUGAGCAAGCAGACACAGGGAGUUGGUGGGGAAGAUCUGCUCAGGAAACCCAAUUUCCAGUUUUUGGAACCAAAAUAUGGCUAUUUUCACUGUAAAGAUUGUAAGACCAGAUGGGAGAGUGCUUAUGUGUGGUGCAUUUCUGGAACUAAUAAGGUUUAUUUCAAACAACUAUGUUGCAAAUGCCUAAAGAGUUUUAACCCUUAUCGAGUAGAAGCAAUCCAAUGUCAGACCUGUUCAAAGUCUCGUUGUUCCUGUUCUCAAAAGAAAAGGCACAUUGAUCUAAGGAGGCCUCAUCGACAGGAACUGUGUGGUCGCUGCAAAGACAAGAGAUUCUCCUGUGGCAAUACUUACAGCUUUAAAUACAUCAUUUGA